UUUUUUGUUGGUUUGUUAUUAACAUGGCAGGAAAGGAGAAACUGGACGUGGUUCAUCAAAAUGCAAUCCACGUUGAGACGAUCCGGAAAGAGCAAAGACAACAGAAACUGCACACGAAGUUCAGCAUCAACCCGCACCGGAAACUACAUAUCCUGACAGACAAACCCAUGUCUAGGAAACCAACAGAAGUGAUUGCAGAGAACUCGGACUUCACCAAGGCCUUCCACAAGGCCCACCUGGAACCCAAGAAGAAGCACGCAAUGCCACAGACGGAGAGUCAGGAGAUAGGAUGGGUGUCAACUCCACUGAUCCCAUCAAACCGCAACGACAGGAGAUUAAAUUUCUACAGAAUCAGCACAGAUGUCACCAAAUACAAAGAAGCUGCCCUGCGUGCAAACUACAGCAAGACAGAAAUAAAGUAA